AUGGAUGAUGAAAUGGCAGCCCUAUUGCGCAAUGGCGAUGGCAAUAACGAGGAAGAUAGCUUGAAUGAUCGGAGCAAUGAAGAGGUUGGGAGCAACAAUGAUGAGGAGUGGGAUGAUUUUUUGCGUAAAUAUUCCGACGUCGACAUUUUCGGUGCUGAAGAAAGUCAAACAGAGUUUCAUUUUAUUCCCAAUACUCCAGCCAAUCUUGAAAAUGACAACGCAGAAGCUGGCCCAGGUCCCCAGACUACUGCAAAUCGGUUGCGCACAUUACACACCUUGGAUGAUAAUGAUGAUGAUAGGACAACAAUAUGGACCAAGCAUGCUGGAACUAUUAUCCGUCAGGACCAUCCUCCAAGCUAUAAUACAAAACAAAAGUUUGGUGAUACUAGAACCAACCGCUUCAUUCCAUUUGCAUCAGAGCUUGACUGGAAAGUAGCUCGGUGGGCAGUAAUGGAUGGACCAGGUCAAAAUGCAAUUGAUCGCUUACUUCAAAUACCAGGUCGACAGGUUGUUGAAAAGCUUGGACUAUCAUUCAAGAAUGUUCGAAGCCUUCAUAAAAAAUUGGAUACUAUGCCAGACAAGGCUGGAAAAUGGAAAGUGCGAAAGCUUGCUUUUAAAGACCGCCUUGAAGAAACUUUUACUAUACGCUAUCGAAACCCAGUUGAGGCUGUUAAAAGCCUAUGGAAGGAUCCUCAGCUAUCUAAAAGUAUGGUGUAUCAACCUGCAAAAGUUUUUUCGGGCAACGUUGAAGAUAAAAAUCGCAUAUUCUCUGAAAUGUGGACUGGAAAAUGGUGGCACGCCAUACAGUCAAAACUUCCAUCAGGUGCAACGGUUGCACCUAUAAUUAUUGCAACAGAUAAAACACAACUCACUCAAUUCUCUGGUGGAAAAUCUGCAUACCCCGUCUAUCUUACUAUUGGAAACAUUCCAAAAGCUAUUCGAAGAAAGCCAUCUAAACAUGCCUGUAUUCUAAUUGCGUAUCUAUCAGUUGAAAAACUUGAUAGAACCAUGAUGAAUGAUCAGCAACACCGCUCUCGCAUUCAACGUCUAUUUCAUGAAUCUAUGCGUAUUGUUCUUUUGCCCUUGAUAGAUGCUGGUAAUAAUGGAGUUGAAAUGGCCAGCUGCGAUGGUGCUAUUCGAAAGGUUCAUCCUAUUCUUACAUGUUAUGUUGCAGACUAUCCUGAACAAUGCUUGGUUACCUGCACCAAGUAUGGAACAUGUGUAAAAUGCCAGGCUCCAGCUACAGAUUUGGGCCAAAUCAAUUCACAUACUCCUCGAACACAAAAAUGGACUACUACUAUUAUAGAAGAGGGAAAGCAUCAGGCAAACGGCAGAUCAAACUCUUUUCAUGACUAUUGCAUGAGUUACAAUGUUGCUGGAAGCGUCUAUAAGCCAUUUUGGGAUGGAUUUCCUCUUGCAGAUAUACACCGAGCUAUUACUCCAGAUGUUCUUCAUCAACUUUACCAAGGAGUCUUUAAACAUCUGGUAGUUUGGUGCCAGAAAGCCUUAUCACCGUCAAAAUUAGAUCAGCGCAUACGAUGCUUACCAAUAGCAUAUGGUGUUCGGCGUUUUAAGAAUGGCAUUUCUGCAUUGUCUCAAGUCUCUGGCAGUGAGAGAAAGCAGAUGGCAAAGAUUCUUUUGGGAUGUUUAGUUGGUUCUAUGCCUAAUGAAGGAAUUUAUGCAGUUACUGCAAUAUUGGAUUUUAUUUAUAUUGCUCAAUAUUCUACUCAUAAUAAAGUCACACUUGGCUAUCUUCAAGACUCUCUUGUACGUUUCCAUCAAUAUCGCCAUUAUUUUUUGGAUAUCAAUGCACGCAAAGAUUUCAAUAUUCCUAAAUUUCACUCCCUUAUACACUAUGUUGAGGCAAUAGAGCAGUUUGGAACUACGGACAAUUAUAAUACAGAGAUGUUUGAGCGUCUUCAUAUUGAUUUUGCUAAACAAGGAUGGAGAGCUUCAAAUCAAAAGGAUGAAUUUCCACAAAUGAUUAACUGGUUAUCAAGACGGGAGAAAAUUGCAGGAUUUACGGGAUAUCAGGAGGAGCUUUCCUUAGAAUCAAUGGAUAGAGCACAAUCAACUAGCAUUGAUAAGGAUGGAGAUAUUACAAUGAAUCCACCAUCUCUUUUACUGUCAUCAUCUGUGUCUAAUCAUUCAUUGCCUUUUCCAAAAUCUUUGACAAUAUCCAAACUGCCAAUAUCAAUUGCCAAAAAGCCUAAUUUUAUAAAUCAGCGUAUUGAUUUGAUUGAGGAAAAGCAUAUGGCACCAGAUUUUUCAUAUUAUUUAAAGGUUUUCCUGAACACAUUUUCGUCAAAUCCUACUAUCCUUCGGAAUCUGGAUAAUAUACCUCUUCCUUUUCAAAAGCUUGAUGUCUACAAUAUGUUUCGUCUUCAUCUAGAAUUGAUUAAUGAUGAUCAAGACUCGGAUGAAAAGGCUAUAGUUAAAGCUAUUCCUAAAUCUGCAAAAUUGCCAUCUGGACAAUUUGAUACAAUUGUUGCAAUUACCAGUGAGGAUGCAGAAUCUACAGGACUUCAAGGAACCAAGAUUGGACAUGUUCGAGUGAUUUUUACACUUCCAAAAACUAUACAAACUUAUAUUGGUUCUCUUCCGGCACCUGAUGCCUGGCCUACUAUUCCUUUGGCUUAUGUUGAAUGGAAAGUCUAG